CCGAGAGAAUGCCGGCCAGGAGAAGUACUGCAGGAACGUCAAGGGGCAGCGCAAGCGGUGAGACAAGUCCACAGUCAGAGGAUCCCGCAUACAAGUUGAAAAGAAAGAAGAAUAAUGAGGCAGUGCAGCGCACGCGUGAGAAGACACGACAAUCGGCUGUGGAGCGUAAGAAGCGCAUAGAAAAGCUAAAGGAAGAGAAUAUCAAACUGACGCAAAGCAUCAAAUUGGAAAAGAAUCAUAUUAAUGUACUGCGUAAAAUGAUCAUAAACGGUCGCAAGAACGAGGAACAGGAUCGCCUUAUAGACGAGAUCUUGAAUAACCCCGAAUACGCUGACGACAAUAGAAGAAACGAGGACGACCCCGUUUCAGAUAUAAAAUGACGAACGAACAAUUAAUACUUAUUUACUUAAUAUUAUUCACAUAUUUUUAAGCAUAUUUAUGUAUAUACGAUACUAACCAUCGUAGACAUCGAGCUUUUCCAUGUGUAAUGAGAAAACCUCAUCCAUUUUGUUUAUCCUCCAAGUUGUAAUGCAGAAAUGUAAUUAAAAGUUCUUAUCUGUUUGCCUGCA